GUGGCUAAUAAUAUGUUUGAAUAUGAUAUUAGUUCACGAAAAGUAGACUUACUUAUUCAACGUUUAUCAGACAAUAUGGAAGUGAUGAACACUGAAGUUUCAGGAUCACCAUUCAAAACUGCACAACCACACGUAGUUGGAGACAUAAAAAAAUUGUUGAUGAUGUCUGUUUGCAAUCUUUGCCAAUUGUUUUGCAGUAAUCUAGAUUGUAGC